AAAAAAACUUGAAAAAUGGAUGUAACGUGUUAUAUUAAGUUAGUUUCAAUAUUUUUAAACAUGAAAGUUCUUGUUUUAUUUGCACUGAUCGUGUGCGCUAGUGCAGCGAACAACAACAACAACAAUAAUAAUAACAACAACAAUAACAACAACAACAACAACAACAACAACAACAACAACAACAGCAACAACAAUGGCUAUUGUACUAGAAAUACGAACAAUAUCUGGGAAUAUUGUUCUGGCAACAUGUACGAUCCCGAGUCUGAAUGGUGCUGCGAUGGCAAAUUGCAUAUGAAACGACCAUUUUUUCGCUGCUGCGGGAGCAACACUUACAACAUUUUGACGCAAGAUUGUAUCAAUGGACAAGUUAAAGACAAGAGUUUACGUUGUAGCGGAAUGUAUUACAAUCCGCAGAACGAAUUUUGUUUUAAUAAUAAGUUGUAUCAGCAUAGGUAUUAUGCUUUAUGUAAUGGCAACGUAUUUAGAAAAGUUUAACAUGUAAUCGAAAA